AUGGCAAGCCAUGCAACUCUUGCCUCCUCCAGAAUCCCUUGCAGCAUGGGGUUCCACUCCAAGACCAACUCACCCUGCUUUACCAAGAGGCUAGAGUUUGCUGAAUUCUCCGGACUAAAAUCAUGCUCGAGCAUCACUUUUGCAGGGCACAACAGAGAAGCAUCCUUCUCGGAUGUGUUGGCCUACCAGUUAUCUACCAAGGCAGCUAGAGCUGUUCCUCCAAAAGGGGUGACUAUUGCAAAGUUGAAGGUUGUAAUCAAUGGUUUCGGGAGAAUAGGUCGAAACUUCCUCCGCUGUUGGCAUGGCCGGAAGGAUUCACUGCUGGAGGUCAUCGUCGUCAACGACAGUGGUGGUGUCAAGAAUAUCAUUGGCCAAAGAAGGCAGAUUCAACAGGAGGUUGGCAACUUCAAACAGUAG